AUGAUUGCACUGGCUCAUCUGGUUGCUCUCAGUGUUAAUUAUAUACCGACAGUGUUUCUAAUUGAUUGGACCUAUUGCAAAGCACUGACUGCAUUGACAGGAUGUGUGAGUUUGGAUGGAUAUAUUGCUGCAAAAUUCUUUUUCUCCAGUCGUAUUUGUGUUCUGGCAGAUGCAUUGUGCUUCAAAUCGAAGGUACUGAACAGCCUCGUUUUGAGAGACACUGCCGCCACGGUGGCCGUUGAUGGAGCUCACAGACUUCUUCAGGACUGUACUAUGUUGUGUUCAACCUUCCUAGCUAUCUUAAACGUCUUGUACAAAUUGGAUGACGACGACAAGCUGAUUGCAUCAUACGCUUCGGACACGGACACACUUGGCCUCGAGGAUGAUGGCUCACGUUUGAAAUUGCUGUUAAGUUUGAUGGAGUUGAAUGGACAGGUCGAUCUGCUGUUGGCUAUGAUAGACUACAGCGGUUGGAAUGCAAACCUACCAUGGGGGAUUCAGUUAGACUCAGAGAUGGUCAUACUGCCAAUUAAUGUAUAUACAGAGGUUAUGGAGCAAAGUGGCAAACUAAUUUAUGAACUGGAGCGCAGAAAAAGGAUAGAUAUUGUAAAUGAGGUUGAAGUGGAAAAAAUUGUCAUUUUGGAGGGAAGCGAAGCUGAUGAAUUGCUAACCGGAAAUUCCCCAAUGAAUCCUAGCAUGGUGCAAUCGGUUAUCCGACAUAUGGCUACACGAAUAUAUACGAUAAUUCUGAACGCUUCGGUUCCUCUGCUUCGAAUGGAAUUCAGAGAUAUAAGUCAGUCUCAGGAUUUUAGUGUCGCGUUUCUGCUUACAGCAUCGAUGAUUCAGUUCUGGACACUCUUGUCGAAAUGGGAUUUAGUUGAAGCCCAGAAAUGUAUGGAAGACAGUGAAUUGUGUUUGCGCCUGGUUUAUAUUUUCUCCACAAUGGUAACACAGGUGGAAAAGGUUGUUGCAGCGGUGGUGGAAUUGCCCUCAUCCAAGUUAACAACGGAGCAAUCGCGUAUGAAGAGUUAUCUUCAUACGGUUAUCAAUACAAUUGGGCAUUUUGCGAGUUGCAGCAAGUUUACUCAAGUUUGUUUCCAGUGA